AUGACCGUUAUAGUUGAAGAUGAUCAACAACCAGGACCACAUAAAAUGAUGCAGCUGGCAUCUUAUCAAAGCCGAAGACGAUUAUCAACUUCAUGGACAGAGAAUCUCGAUCCACCUAGUGAACAGAAAUCACCACUGUCCGUCAAAUCACCGGAUUCCAAGACAGGAUCAACAAGAAGCUUCUUUCCACGAUCAACUGAAGUGCAUCCAUAUCUGGAUGAGGAGGUACGACUUCAGAACAGUUCAGAUGUUUACAAAAGAGUAACCGAUUUCACUGCUUUUGUUCAGUCGCCAACCCUUAAUGAUGAGGCUGGAAAGGUACUAGAGGAUGUGCACGACCGCUUGAUUGAAGACCAUUCGUCAGCAGCGGUAGCUCCAGUCAUGUCACCGGAAACACUGUUACAUGAUCAAACGUCAACGGUGGAUAUGGACGAGUCCAUUUCUAUUGAUGACCGAGUCAAAAGCCCUACAUUAUCGCAGUCUUCGAAGCGUACAUCAACAUCAGCCGAACUAAAGGCAUCUAUGAGGACUAAGCUUCGAAAACAGGAAGGGCCUACUGAAGGUGAACUCAAGUCAGUUGAUGAGCAAAUCGAGCGCGCGCUAGAGAUUGGAGCUCGAUUUCUUCAUGAACAGGCAUCGAUGAAUCCUCCGGACGAUGUACAAUACUCAUUCUUUGUAGGAGAUGAGGAUCAAGUGGCUACCUAUUUGUUAAAAUAUUUAAAAAUUUUGUUUUUAUACCUGAACAGUGCGUGUAGCGCAGUGAUCAUGCAAAAGGAGGACACUCUUUACAACUACGUAAAGGCUGAGGCAUGGAAGACAUUUUUGCAUAAGUUUGAAGGAAGUGACUACACACAACUUGAUCUUUUUCUCAGUGUCAUAUAUUUUGAGCAGCAUCCUUUGAUUGGUAAUGAGGACAAGUUCGAUUUACGUCUACGUAUCCGCUACGAUGAGCAGUGCCAACGUAUCAACGACAUGACCGACGUACUAAUGGACGCAGAAAGCUUACCGAUAAGUGAAAAUGCGUCGAAUAUUCGAGAACAUGCCGAGGCACUGUACAAUGACGUAAGGAAAGUUUCUGACGAACUCUUAAGUGAAUACGCUGAAUUGGAGAAUUGCCGAAAUCGACAAGGGUACACGACAUCGCCACUGAAGUACUGUCUCAGUGACGAUGAUGAGAACAGGUGCGCUCCUGAUCUCACUCAUCUUGCGUCGAGCUCACUAUGA